ACGGUCCAGACUGGACGUGUGUAUUUUUCUCUCACGCCAAAAAAAACGAGCUUUUUUCUUCCCCGUAGCUCUCUAGUCAUAAUAGGUGUUCGUCGUCGCGUGCGUGUGAAUCUUGCGAUCCAUUGCGUCGAAUUGCCACCGGUGAGUUCGACGUACGCUCAAAUCGAUUAGGCCAAGAGCCUCCGAGUCCGCGCGUAUGUGCGCCAUCACCGGGCGAUCGAUAUGGGAAAAUUGUGCUAAGAAACGUCCGAUAGGAGUGGAGAAAUUGAUUGCAACUGAUUGAAUCCAGAUGAAAAUGGAGAUGCUGGAACGAGUCGGCGCUUGAUGUGAUUUUAAUUGAUUUAAGGAGAAUUUUAAUGAGUGAAAGAGCGCUCCAGUUGUCCGCAGUGGUGUUGUGUGCUGUGAAACGGUUUCAGUGGCCGGUGGGAAACAUGGGCUGUGAUAAAACAAUUAUGUCCGGCAAAUUGUCGUCUUUGGAAGGCAUUACUAAAUGAGUUUUCGUGCUGGGAUGGAAGCAUUCGGAUUCGAUGGGAGAGCAUCUAUGGAAUAAAAGUGGAAAAGCAGAAAAUGAAGAAAGAGCUCCGCUCCUGCACGGCCUGCGGUGAACCCAUUUCGGACAAGUACCUGUUGGACGUCGGCGGCUGCUCGUGGCACUCGGCAUGCCUUCGCUGCUGCAUUUGCCACACCCCUCUCGAUCGUCAACCCUCCUGCUUUCUGAAGAAACGGCAGAUCUACUGCAAGACUGACUACGCAAAAACAUUCGGUGCGAAAUGCGCACGCUGCAACCGAAGUAUCGCCGCUACGGAUUGGGUCCGGCGCGCACGUGAGUUGACCUUUCACCUGGCGUGUUUCGCCUGCGAUAACUGCGGACGGCAGUUGUCAACCGGGGAACAGUUCGCUCUGGCCGAUGAUAAAGUGCUCUGCAAGACGCACUAUUCCGAGAUGUUCGACUGCGGGACGUCAAGUGAUGAUGGCUGUGAAGCCGAUGGCUACCAGAAGAACAACAAAACAAAACGCGUACGGACCACCUUCACCGAGGAUCAACUUCAGAUUCUGCAGGCCAAUUUCAACAUUGAUAGCAACCCAGACGGACAAGAUCUCGAACGCAUUGCAUCAGUGACCGGUCUCAGCAAGAGGGUUACUCAGGUGUGGUUCCAGAAUUCACGUGCCCGUCAAAAGAAGCAUAUUCAAGUACCCAGGGAUGGCGAGAUUAAUCCAUUCGCUAGGCAUAUCAAUCUUCAGCUGUCGUACACAUUCCAACAGUCUGGCGUUGUGCACAGUCCAUUACACAUGGGAGCAGCACCGAACGUCACCCACACCGGUAAUUUAAACAACAAUAACAACAACAUCGGCGUUAGUUUCAACAAUAACAACGUCAUUGGCUCGUCAAAAUCAUCCCCGUACAGUAGGCAUGGUAGAGUCUUCACUGGAUGAGCUAUCUGAAGAUUCGGCAAUACAUUGUAUGCAAAGCGAAAUAUAGCGCAGCAUCCCAUGCUGCGCAAUGAGAACUAAAGUAUGAUAAAUUAUUGUAUAUUAAUCGAACUAUUUAUUUUGUGAUUGUACAUAUAACUGUAAUGGAAAUUCUAAAUUAAAUCAUUGGAAUCGACUACCUGCGGGCUAAAUUUAGUUUAGCUUAUUAGUUUUAAUUAGGCGUAAUUUAUUUCUGAAGGGACUAUUCUUAUAACUUACUACAAUUGUAAAUGUAAUUUAGAAUAUGACCGCAAAUAAAAUUUGCUGGUGUGUUAUAA